GUUCCGAACAAUUGUUAUUCCAACCUUGCCGUGUUCCGCCUCCGCUGCCCUCUAUCGCGCCAUCUUGGGUGCAUCAAGCAGCGCAUGUUAGAGGAAGAAGCGUGAGAGAUGGCAUGCGGAAAGCUGAUGAAUUGGCCGCACCUUUAUUCCUCAGUUGAUGUGCUCGUCGAACGGAUCGAGUCGGCGAUGAGCGUUCGUGUGUACAACAAGGACCAAUUCGAGGCCCUUCAGCAAAAUGCUCUCAAUAACUCCAAGAGUCCAACAAGUGAGAAACAAAAAACACCACACUCGUCCUUGGGAAGCAGCAACGGAUACCCGUAUUCUGCCAAGACGUCCGACCUGUCCACGGACACCCGGCAGAAACGUCUCUUGAUGAAACACGAGCUGUACAAGAAGGACCAAGAAAACAUUCAAAAGCAGAUCCAGAUCAACAUCGCCGACUCGCUAGCCAAGCAGCGAAAUAAACGGGAGGCCAACUUUGUCAAGCUGCGCAGGGAUAUCGAUGAGGGUAAGAGCUUGGCGCAGGAGCUCGAGGAGCGGCUUCUGAUCAAGGAAGAGACGGCGAAGCGGCAGAAGCAAAGGCUCUAUGAAGAAUGGAGCGAGAAGGUGUACAACAAGAUCAACGGGCCCAUCAAUGAGCGUGUCAAGGCGAUGGACUCGAAAGCACUCAACUUGCACAAGCAAGAAGCUUACCAGCAUUUCCUCGAUACAGCCAACAAGAAGGGAUGCCUCUUUCGUGACAUCAUCAUCGAGAGCGAGUACGAUCCCCUGCACGAAAACAAGGCCAUUCAGCAUUGCACGCGUGUGGACGAUCCGUGCUGUCGUGUGAUCAAGCAUCGGGAAGAAGAGGACGCGAUUGCGAACGAAGGAAAGAAAGUGCUCGACGAUUCAAUGGAGCCACACGGAAACGGCGUGACCUUGGUGCUGGGGCGGUGCGACAACCUCGACACGAAGCUGUGGGCGAGCGGAAUAUUCGAGGCGACGCCGUAUGGGUACUUCAACAAGAUGAUGGCCAGCACCAUCAGCGCUGAAUCGUCCAAGACGUACGAGUCCCGCGUCAAGUUUGACCACUACGACAUUGAAAAGGGCGUCGGCACACUCAACAAGGAGUUUCCCAAGGGCAAGCAGACAACAUUUAACGGCGUCAGUGGGUUGAAGUCCAAGGACCAAGUCCGUUUGGGUUAGCAUGCGUCGUUGCUGACAUGAUCCUCCACACCGGCAAUACCCCAGGACGAUUCCAUUUGGACAAGGCGCGGAAAUUUGAAUAACCUGUGAAAUCGCAUAUAAAAUGUGCAAGGCAAACGUUGAUGUUGGG